CUCUUUUCUGGCCCAUUUUUGUCAUAGCUACUCUUGUUUCCAUGAUUGCCAGUCAAGCCAUGAUAUCUGCUACAUUUUCCUGUAUUAAGCAGUCUAUGGCUCUUGGUUGCUUCCCACGGAUGAAGAUUAUACACACCUCUAAGAGAUUUAUGGGUCAGAUAUACAUUCCCAAUAUCAACUGGUUCUUAAUGAUCAUGUGCAUACUCAUUGUUGCCACUUUCAGAAGCACGACCGACAUUGCGAACGCAUAUGGCAUCGCCGAGGUUCUGGUAAUGAUGGUGAGUACUGCCUUGGUGACACUUGUAAUGCUACUCAUAUGGAAAACCAACAUAUUUCUUGCCCUGAGCUUUCCUGCCAUAUUUGGAACUAUUGAGCUUAUCUACUUAUCUGCAGUUCUAACGAAGGUACAGGAAGGUGGCUGGCUUCCACUUGCAUUUGCCUCAUUUUUCCUCCUGGUUAUGUACAUCUGGAACUAUGGAAGUGUGCUGAAGUACUGUAGCGAGGUUAGGGAGAAAAUCUCCAUGGAUUUCAUCACUGAACUUGGUUCUUCUCUAGGAACUGCUAGAGUUCCAGGAAUUGGACUUGUUUAUAAUGAACUGGUACAGGGCAUCCCUUCUAUGUUUGGCCAACUCCUCAUCACCCUCCCGGCCGUUCACUCUGUAAUCGUGUUUGUCUGCAUCAAGUAUGUUCCUGUUCCAGUUGUUCCUGUAAGCGAAAGAUUUCUUUUUCGGCGAGUUUGCGGGAAAGACUUUCACAUGUUUCGCUGUGUUGCUCGGUACGGAUACAAAGAUGUAAGGAAGGAAGAUCACCACAUUUUCGAGCAGCUAUUGAUAGAAAGCCUUGAGAAGUUUUUGAGAAGGGAAGCUCGAGAACUUGCUCUUGAAAUGAGUUCAGACGAAACAGAUUUUGAUAGGGAGUCUGUUGUUUCAGGGGACUCAGCUAUUCAAAGCUAUGUCUCUGAGCUCCACAUUCCAUUAAUUUCUCAUAGUAGUGUGGAUGGAGCUAAGGUUUCCAGGAUAGAAGAUGGUUGUUCGUUGCUUCCAUCUAGUUCAUUACCCUCUACUGAAGAUCCACAUUUGGAAUAUGAGCUUUCAGAACUAAGAGAAGCAAUGGAAUCAGGUUUCACAUAUCUGCUUGCUCAGGCUGAUGUGAGAGCAAGAAAGGAUUCUUGGUUCACAAAGAAGCUUGUGAUCAACUACUUCUAUUCAUUCCUGAGAAGAAAUUGUAGAGCUGGUCCUGCAAAUAUGAGUGUGCCUCAUAUGAAUAUUAUUCGUGUCGGCAUGACCUAUAUGGUUUGAUGUAAGUUUUAAUCUAUUGUCGUUCACCUCAUAUUGCAAAAUGGUAUUUUUGUAGUUUUUAUAUAGUUGUAGAAAUGAAUUAUAUGUUUAGAAAGUUCAAAUGCAAUCUAGCUGUUUAUUUUGAAAAGUA